AUGCAGAGUAGACAGAAAAGUUAUGCAGAUAAUCGUCGGAAGGACCUAUCUUUUGAGGUUGGGGAUCAUGUGUUUCUCAAGGUUUCCCCAUUGACGGGUGUUAGACGCUCAAUUCGGUUACCGGGUCUACACAACAUGUUUCAUGUGUCACAACUGAAGAAGUACCAGCCAGACCUGUCACAUAUGAUAAAACUCGAGGAGAUUGAAAUUCAGAAGAAGUUAACCUACCAAACUGAACCAAAUCAUAUUGUGGAUGCUAAGGAAAAGCAGCUUAGAAAUAAGGUAAUCCAGUUGGUAAAAGUAAUUUGGAAAGGGAUAGCUUCAGGAGAUGCAACUUGGGAGAUUGAGAAUCAAAUGAGAAAGGAAUAUCCACAGUUAUUUUUCUAA